AACAUCAGUGGUGAUGCCCUUCACCGACUCAUCGUGUGUUUUGGUAUCUCCCACUGCACCUCCCUCUUGUCUCGAUGCCGCGUUCACCUGAAUGAGAAGAGGGACAAUUGCAUGCCCACAAUUACCGACAAUGGCCUCGUUACAGGCAAGCGUAGUGGAGACGGCAGGAGUACCUACCACACUGCGGUGGAAAACGAAGGAGCACGGUCCUCGGGGGAGAGGGAAGGGGAGGGAGACGGGGAGGAGGAGGAGGAGGAGGCGGAGGCGGAGGGAGCCUCCGUAGACGUCUUCGGAAGGCACGAGGUGGAUAACGCUGAUGAAAGCACAGCGUUUCUCGCACGCGUCCCUCCAGCUGACACAUCGGUACUCCGCGCAGCAGGCGUGGAAGAAGGAGAAGACGGUGGCGGAACUGGUGGUGGUAGCAAUGCUGGCAGUAGUGCAGGUCGAACCACAUCCACAGCUCUUGGCGACUCCGAUCGCAGUCGUUUCGCAGGUACACCUCCCGCAUUCCGUGACAGCAACAAGUUUCGCCAUAACUGUCGACCUUCCUCACCCGCGGAGUCCUCACAACAUCCCCUAAUUUGUCAAAACACCAAUCCGUAA